UAUAAAUGUUUUGUAUAUAAGCUAUUUAAUAUCCUUUAAAUAAUCAAGAUUUCCUGAAUGAUGAGUAAUUAAUAUCUAGAGCCGCGAAACUCGCCUAUUUUUAUUUCGCAAAAAACUGUGUUGACAACUCUACCCCCGAAGUGCACACGUUUUCAUCUGUUUUUCUGUGACUCCAUUAAUUGCAUACAGAUCUGUGAAAUGCCUCAGCCGGAACAAAAGACCGAUGUCAGCGGCACAGCCGAAGCCGAAGGUCCUCCAAAGACUGCCAAGCAGCUGGAGAAGGAGCGCCUAAAGGCGGAGAAGCUGGCGAAGCUUCAGGCCAAGUUGGACAAGAAGGCAGCGGCAGCUCCUGCUGCGGGCGAAAAAAAAGAGAAGCCUGAAAAGCGAUCAAAGGAGGUGAAAGAGGCUGCCGUGUACACGGCCCAGACUGUGCCCGGGGAGAAGAAGGAUCUGAGUGGCCCGCUGCCAGAUGCGUACAGCCCGCGUUACGUGGAGGCCCAGUGGUACAGCUGGUGGGAGAAGCAGGGCUUCUUCACGCCCGAAUAUGGUCGAGAGUCGAUUGACUCGCCGAAUCCGAACGGAAAAUUCGUGAUGAUUAUUCCUCCGCCCAACGUAACGGGAUCCCUUCAUUUGGGUCACGCUCUUACCAACGCUAUCGAGGAUGCCAUCACGCGCUACCACCGCAUGAAGGGACGCACCACUUUGUGGGUGCCUGGGUGCGAUCACGCUGGCAUCGCCACUCAGGUGGUGGUGGAGAAACUUCUGUGGCGCGACGAGAAGUUGUCCCGGCACGACCUGGGCCGCGAGAAGUUUAUCGAGCGAAUCUGGGAUUGGCGGCGCGAGAAGGGCGGCCGUAUCUACGAGCAGCUGAAGUCCCUCGGCUCCUCUUAUGACUGGUCGCGAGUGGCCUUUACCAUGGACCCCAAACUGUGCCGCGCCGUCACCGAGGCCUUCGUCCGCCUCCACGAGGAAGGAAGCAUCUAUCGUAGCUCACGCCUGGUCAACUGGUCGUGCACGCUCCGGUCGGCCAUCUCCGACAUAGAGGUCGACAAAGUGGAGAUUCCCGGACGCACGUUCCUCUCCAUUCCUGGUUACGAGGAGAAGGUGGAGUUUGGAGUGCUGAUUAAGUUCGCCUACAAGGUGGAGAACAGUGACGAGGAAAUCGUUGUGGCUACUACCCGUAUCGAGACUAUGCUGGGUGACACUGCAGUGGCCGUUCAUCCCCAGGACGAACGCUACAAGCAGUUGCAUGGCAAGUUCGUAGUCCACCCGUUCUCUACCCGCCGUCUGCCGAUCGUGUGCGACGAGUUUGUAGACAUGGCUUUCGGAACGGGUGCCGUUAAGAUUACCCCGGCUCACGACCCCAACGACUACGAGGUGGGCAAGCGUUGCAACCUGCCCUUUAUCACCAUCUUCAACGACGACGGCUACAUUAUUGGUGACUAUGGCGAGUUUACGGGCAUGAAGCGCUUCGAGUGCCGCAAGCAGAUUCUGGAAAAGCUGAAGGCCCUCGACCUUUACCGUGAGACCCUGAACAACCCCAUGGUUGUGCCAAUUUGCAGCCGCUCUAAGGACGUGGUCGAGCCGCUGAUAAAACCGCAGUGGUAUGUAAGCUGCUCAGAAAUGGCAGCUUCCGCCACCGAGGCUGUGCGCUCCGGCGCCCUAAAGAUUGUUCCUGAGCACCACACGAAGACUUGGUAUCACUGGAUGGACGGUAUUCGAGACUGGUGUGUAUCGAGGCAACUGUGGUGGGGCCAUCGCAUUCCGGCUUACCACGUUAGCUUCAGCGACCCUUCAAUCCAAACGGGAUCGAAUGACGACGAGCAGUAUUGGGUUGUGGCUCGGAGUGAGGCGGAGGCGCUUAACAAGGCUGCCGAACGAUUCGGUGUUGAGGUCAGUAAGAUCAUACUAAAACAGGACGAAGAUGUGCUUGAUACAUGGUUCAGCUCGGGCAUCUUUCCCUUCUCCGUAUUUGGCUGGCCAGACAACACUAAGGAUCUGGAGACCUUUUACCCCACGUCGUUGCUGGAAACGGGCCACGACAUUCUAUUCUUUUGGGUGGCUCGUAUGGUAUUCUUCGGGCAGAAGCUGCUGGGUAAGCUACCAUUCAAGGAGGUUUACCUCCACCCGAUGGUGAGGGACGCCCACGGUCGCAAAAUGUCAAAAUCUCUGGGAAACGUUAUUGACCCAAUGGAUGUGAUUCUUGGCAUCACGUUGGAGGGACUCCAUGCCCAGCUUGUGGGCUCCAACCUUGACCCCCGCGAAAUCGAGAAGGCUAAGGCUGGGCAAAAGCAGGACUAUCCACAAGGCAUUCCCGAGUGCGGCUCUGAUGCCCUCCGAUUCGCUCUGUGUGCCUACAUUACUCAGGCUCGCGAUAUCAACCUGGACAUUAACCGCGUGCAGGGCUAUCGCUUCUUCUGCAACAAGCUCUGGAACGCCACUAAGUUCGCCUUGCUCUACUUCAGCGGCUCGGAGAAGUUCGACACAGAGCUGAGUGCGUCUAAUGCUGUUAACCAAAUGGAUUCCUGGAUCCUUUCCCGACUGGCAGCUGCCGUUGAAGCUUGUAACCAGGGUUUUGAGUCCUACGACUUUGCCGCGGCCACCAGCGCCUGCUACGCAUUCUGGCUUUACGAUCUCUGCGACGUGUAUUUGGAGUGCCUGAAGCCCAUCUUCCAAAGUGGUAGCGAGGCGCAACAAGCCGCGGCCAGGCGUACUCUUUACGUGUGUCUGGAUUACGGUCUCCGACUGCUGUCGCCAUUUAUGCCCUUCAUCACCGAGGAGCUCUACCAGCGGCUGCCGCGAGCCAACCCAGCGCCUAGCAUCUGUGUGGCUAGCUACCCCAGCAAAGUCUCUUGGCGUAGUGCUAAGAUAGAGUCGGAUGUUGACUUUGUGCAAAAGGCGGCACGUGUUAUCCGCUCGGCUCGCUCCGACUACAAUCUACCUAACAAAACCAAGACCGAGGCUUACAUUGUGUGCACGGAUAACGCGCCUAACGAAAUACUCAAGCGUUACGCUGACGAUUUAGCUACGAUCUCCUACUGCUCCAAGAUAGUCUUCGACGGCGCCCCGCCGGCGGGCUGUGCUAUUCUGACCGUGACCGGCCAAUGUGAGGUGCAUCUGCUGCUGAAGGGUCUUAUCGAGGCGGACAAGGAGAUAGUAAAACUGCAGAAGAAAAGUGACCAGCUGGUGCAGACUGUAAGCAAGCUAAGUCAGGCCAUUCAAGCGGCUGACUACGCCACCAAGGUGCCCGCGGAGGUGCAGGCCACCAACGAGACGAAGCUCUCGGAGUCGCGUGCAGAGAUUGAACGAAUCGCGGCAGCCAUUGAGACGCUGAAACUUAUGUGAGAAGGCCAGUCGAAGUCAUUUAGGGGAUCCAAUCCAGAUCAGGCAUUUUGUUGAUAUUUUGGCGUGCUUGCUAACUUAAAAGAUAUAAACACGCGCUUCUUUUGAUUAUUUUCUUUUUAAGGACAAAUAUCAAUCGAACAUUUUUUAUACAUAUAUUUAUUACUGCGACACUUGCAAUUUUUUCGAGCUAAAAAUAAAUAGAAAAGAAACACGA